UCUUGUUUCAUUUUUGUAACCAUUAUGACUCAGGGGUUCAGGGACACCUGUGAGAAAGGCCCUCUGAGUGGACACAAAAUCUCAGGAGUCAGGUUCCUCUUGGAAGAUGGAGCGAAUCACAUGGUCGAUUCCAAUGAGAUCUCCUUCAUCCGUGCAGGAGAGGGCGCUCUAAGGCAAGCUAUGGAAAAUGCAAACGUUGUCAUCCUGGAGCCGGUCAUGUCUGUGGAAGUUGUGGCACCUCAGGAGUUUCAGGGAGCAGUUAUCGCUGGAAUUAAUAGGCGCCAUGGUGUUAUUACAGGACAGGAUGGGGCUGAAGAAUACUUUACCCUUUAUGCUAAUGUUCCUCUGAAUGACAUGUUUGGCUAUGCUACAGAGCUCCGCUCCUGCACUGAAGGCAAAGGGGAGUACACCAUGGAAUACAGCAAGUAUCAGCCCUGCCUGCCAUCUGUGCAAGAGGAACUCAUCCACAAAUAUUUAGAGGCCACAGGUCAGCUGCCUGUGAAGAAGAGCAAGUUUAAGGGCUGAAAAACAGUCCAUCCACCCUGCUGUUACUGGACUUUAUCAACCCUCCUUCAGGUCUUCAAUCAUGGGUUCACAUUUAAUUUGGA